CCCCGGUUCGAAUGAAUUCAAAUUAUUCUGUGAUAUAUAACAAGUGUUCUAAUUUAAUAUUUAAAUGAUUCAAUAAUUAAAUACGAUUUAAAAUAAAAAAAAGUCAACGAGAAAUGUAUCUAACUAAGUUAUUCAUUUUUAUCGGAUGUUAUUUCGUUUUAAUAUCAUCCGUCGUUUCUAUGAAUCAACGACAAGAUGGAUCUGAUUUUGAAUUUCCCGUACAAUUAUUAGGAUUUCCUGUUAUCAUAGCAGCCGUGAGGGUAUCGAAUUUUAUUAAAAAAUUGGCCUAUUCUUUAAAUCCAGAUACCUAUAUAAGCAGAACGAGACGAAUGGCACGUUUAAUUCACGACGAGGAGAUACUUGACGUAGGUCAAAUUGAGAAAAAACUUGUUGAGAAACUCGGUAACAAUGUGUGCAUUUAUGAGAGGAUAUGUUCCAAGUAUGCCACGAAAACGUUGCUUAAAAGAAGCAGAGAACGUGUCCUAGAUUGGGACGUUAUAUUCAGAGAAUAUAAAUCGUCACCAAAUCCAAUGAAAGAGAACUACCUGUUGAGCGUUUUUCUAGGUGAUAUUAUUGGCAGUCCAAGACUUUGUCAUCAACUGGUAAAAAGAGGAAGGGCUUGCAACGAUAAUACCUUACCAGAAUAGUGAAUAAAAUACCUGAAUGUUACGUGAGUGGUGAAAGAAAUCGUGUGGUUUCGCAAGGAUUGUAAAUAUUUUAAUGCCAUGAACGUUGCGUUGAUCAUUUACCGAUUUUUUU